UAAGAUCAGAGAGAAUGAUUAAAAAAUGAAAUGAUAUACAACUGAGUAUUGAAGUUUUUAUAAAAACAAUCCAAAGUAGAACAUAAACAUUGAAUUGAAUCAUUGAAAAAGUUGUCAAGUUAGUGCAAAGCUUCAAUAUGUCAAAAAAACCUCGCGGACAUAUACACAAAAUACGUGAAUUUGAAUUGGAAAAGAUUCAACUGGUUGAUGAAUUCGAUAUCAUACAAAUUGUGGGCGAAGGAUGGUUUGGAAAAAUUCUUCUAGUCGAACAUCGAGGGUCUCAGACAGAAAUGGUCCUGAAGGCAGUACCCAAACCUUAUGUGACUUUACGUGAUUUCUAUAGAGAAUUUCAUUAUGGUUUACAUUUGGGUGUGCAUCGGCAUAUUGUGACCACGUAUGAUGUGGCAUUUGAGACAGCUGGAUUCUAUGUCUUCACCCAGGAAUAUGCUCCACUUGGCGAUCUAACCUCUAAUGUCACGGAAACAGGAGUGGGCGAAGUAUAUAGCAAGAGAGUGGCCAAACAAUUGGCCUCUGCCAUAGAUUAUAUGCAUUCAAAAGACAUAGUACAUCGUGAUAUUAAACUGGAUAAUGUUCUAAUCUAUCGCUCCGAUUUUCAACGUGUUAAACUAUGCGAUUUUGGUGAAUCCUAUCAAACUGGCUCACUGGUGGAGAGACGAAACGAAUGGUUACCCUACAGUCCGCCAGAAGUAUUAGAAGUUAAACCAGAAGGAACAUAUAAAGCUGAUCCCAGUCACGAUGUUUGGCAAUUUGGUAUUGUGAUAUUUGUAUGUCUGACCGGAUGUUUGCCCUGGCAGAAAGCCGCCUCGGAUGAUCCACGCUAUGUACGUUAUUUGGCCUGGCAGAGUAGCAUCAUGAUGAUGCCAUUGAGGAGGACUCCCAAAUUGUUUAAAUUACUCACCUCGAAUGGCCAGCGAAUGUUUAAACGUUUCUUUGCUCGCAUCUCAAAUAGACCCAAGAGUUUGGGAGAUGUUACCAAAUUCCUGGACGAUCGCUGGUUGGCCAAGACGGCUGAAAAAGAGAUGGCUGAAUAUGAGACGGAUGAGCUAUGUCCCUCGAUGUACUCCUUCCAUAGCAGUCCAGAUGAGAAGAAUCGUUUGUUGUAUACCCUUGCGGAUUGUGGCAUUGAGACGAAUGUGGAUCGUCAGCAGAAAAAGAAUCGUAUUAAAGACUGGAUAGAAUCUUCCAUCAUAACAGAGGAAGAUGAGGAGGAGAAUGAAGAAACCAAUUCAGCUUCGCCCUCAUCUUCGGUUUCGCGUGAACCUGUGCCCGGACACAUUUCCUCCAUACGUCAGCCAUUGGCCAGCAAGCCAAAGGAAAUCAAGAGCACCCUCAAAGAUGCCAAUCAGAAACAUUUUGAUCCACGAACAGGUGUCCUCCAACAGGGACCUAGUGAGAUGGGUGCCCAACUGGCUAGUGGUAAUCAGUCUUUAGCUCCUUCAAAUUACACCACAGCAUCGACUCUGACCAAUGCGGAUAGCUUAUUGACUUUGGGUUCGAGACAAGAUUUAAUGGCCAGCAAUUUAACCAUGUAUAACUCAAUGGAAUUGGAAAUAAAUCGUCUAGGUGAGGGCUACCAAAACAACAACAACAACAACUUCAACAGCAGCAGCAAUCUCCUACUAACCGCUCUCGAUGUGAAUCCUGGCCACAAUCUCCUCCUCCAUCCUUCACCUUCCAAAAACUCCAUUGGCGUGGGCACCGGUCCAGCACGCCCCACAACCACCAAGGGCAUUCUGCAACGCUCCAAAUCGGACACUGUGCAGGCUGCCCUAUUUGCCAGCAUGCCAGCUAUAAAUCAAGUUAAUAACAAUGUUCAACAGCAGCAACAACAAUCCCUGGGCUUUGUCCCUAAUGCUAGUUCCUUCUUUGGCUCAAAAACUAAUAAUACCAAACAAGUGACCUUUAUGGGCCUAACUAAUGCCUUUCAAUCGCUUGCCCAAAUGCCAAUACAACAGCCGCCCACCAACUAUAAUAAUUAUCAUUAUGAUUCUCAAGUUAAAGACAGUGCCUAUGGUUCCACCGAUGUUAGUGAGAUGGCUUCAAAGGCAAGAAAUGUUCCGCCUCCAAGCACCAGCACCGGCAAUGGCACUCACUAUAUGCCCUACCAGCAGCCGCAACCGCAACAACAAAGAUCGGUGGCAUUCAAUAUGAAGGAUUCACCAUAUGAUCGGGUUGGGGUCACCAACCCUAACAAUUCAGGGCGCAAAUAUAGAUAGCUCUCAAUUGAGCCCACUUAUAUGCUACUACUAUUACAACUACAUGCAAUACAAGUUCCAAAAUAAAUAGUUUAUAAACAUUUCGUAAA